CCUCUUCCCUGUAUCGACGUCUUCACACCACGUGACGAGUGUUUACAUCCUCUCCUCAGCUGUUCUUAUUCUUGCACUCGAGCCCCAGCACACCGUGUUAUAGCCCUCUGUACCUUCACCUUGACCAUCCAGCCCCGUGAGUUAGCCCCGUGAACCAGUGACACACUUCUGGCUCGCGGCAGGUUGUGGACGUCUCAAAGUCUUUGUGCGUCGCGGUGCUCCGUUGUAGUGCGUCCAGUUGCAAAGAGUGAAUGCGACACGACAUUGUCAUUUAGCGCCCGGACAUGAUUGUAGCCUGAACCUCCUCCUCCGCCAUUCCUCUCCAUGACACUCUGAGGGGACAUCUGUCAUCCCUGUUUGUCGCCGUAGCAACCCGCGGACAUGGGAGGAGCCGUGAGCGCCGGGGAGGACAACGAUGACCUCAUAGACAACCUGAAAGAGGCCCAGUAUAUCCGCACGGAGAAGGUGGAGCAGGCCUUCCGAGCCAUAGACCGCGGGGACUACUACCUGGACGGGUACCGGGACAGUGCCUAUAAAGAUUUGGCAUGGAAGCAUGGGAACAUCCACCUGUCUGCGCCCUGUAUAUACUCGGAGGUGAUGGAGGCGCUCAAACUGCAGCCCGGACUCUCCUUCCUCAAUCUGGGCAGUGGCACGGGAUACCUGAGCACAAUGGUUGGCCUUAUCAUUGGGCCUUUUGGAGUGAAUCACGGGGUGGAGCUGCACAAGGACGUGGUGGAGUACGCCAGAGAUAAACUGGAGGACUUCAUCAAGAACAGUGACAGCUUUGACAAGUUUGAGUUUUGCGAGCCUGUCUUUGUGGUGGGGAAUUGCCUUGAAAUCGCUACAGACAGUCACCAGUACGAUCGAAUUUACUGUGGGGCCGGAGUGCAAAAAGACCAUGAAAAUUACAUGAAAGUGCUGCUCAAAAUUGGAGGAAUUCUGGUGAUGCCUAUAGACGACCAGUUGACCCAGAUUACGCGGACGGGCCAGAGCAGUUGGGAGAGUAAAAACAUCCUGGCUGUGUCCUUCGCUCCCCUCGUCCAACAGAACAGAGGAGACGGAGAGAAGGCUGACACUGUGCAACUCCCCCCCGUGACGGUGCGCAGCCUGCAGGACCUCUCGCGCAUCUACAUCCGCCGAACCCUGCGCAGCCUGGCCCCCGAGGACGACUCCCAGGGCAAGAGCGCUCCAAGGGUCCCCCAGAAACGCAAACGCAGACGCUGCCGAAGGAGGCGCAUCAGCACCUACGUCUUUGUGGGCAACCAGCUGAUUCCGCAGAUGGUGGAGAGCGAGGAAGAGGAGCAGAAUCAUAACGAGGAAGAACACAACAAAGAGCUGGAGGAGGAGGAAGAGGAGAGGGACAUUGGCGACAUCGAAAUCAUCAGACAAGUCAACGUUUUGAGAGACCAAAUCAUGGCGUUGCCCUUGCCUGAGUCGCUCAAAGCCUACCUGUUGUACUUUAGGGAGAAAUGACUUUGACUGUGUUGUUUAAUGUUGGGUGCAGCGCCUACUGAAUUGCUUUUGUUUCCUCUUUUUUUCUCAGUACAAAUGUAGCAUUAUUUCCAUCAGAAUCUUGAUUGCAAAACUGUAAAAUGAAAAAGCAUCAUAGAUAAUAUUGGAUAAUAAUGUUAUGAUUGCAAUGUUUUUUCUUUGUAUGUGGAAAAAAAAUAUGGUAACACUUUAGUUUAGGGAUCACAUAAUAUUAGCUAACUGAGAGUAAUUGGUAUAGUUGGUUAGUGUUUUUUCAGCUAUUAGUAUUUAUAAACUUUUUAUUAAUACUUAUUAAUCAAAUUUUUACUGCAUGUACUAAAGCACGUAUACUAAUAAUGCUAACGAAUGAAUAAUUAAGAAGCAAAAAUAAUUAACAGCUAAAUUCUUAAAUGCAAAAAAAUAUCAUUAAUACUCAGGUGUUAGUUCACACCUUAGGGUAGUUCAAUGGCCUUAACUAUUAACAGAGGCUCCUUACUAUCAAAACUAGGGUGUGCAAGUUUAUAAAUAUACUUUAUAAAUAGCACUUUUUAAAGGUACACUGCAUAACAUUUCUAGUGGAGGGUCUACUAUCUGUUUGCCUCCAUUUUUGUCUCCAUGGAAAUAUUAUUGCUUUGUCUAGAAUGUUCCACAGUAUAGAUUAAAUCCAUCUGUCACCAGGGAGACAAACAGGUUACAGCACUAAGCUACAUUACAGUUCAGAUCUGUGGACAGUCGCUCCUUUUCACAGACGGAAUUAUUGCAUUUUUGAGCAAUAGAAACAUCUGUAAUGAAUAAAUGCUAGAUCGGAUCCGUUUAAUGUCACAGGACUGGAAAAGUUGCGCAGUGCACCUUUAAAUACUAACAAAUUGUAUCUAAGCACUUCUUAUAUCUUUUACUAUUAGUUAACAGCUAAUAUGUGGUCCAUAAAUUGAAGUGUAACCGAAAUAUAUAUAAAUAUAAAUGUAUGGAAUUUUUGAAUCCCACUUUAUGAUCCAGAUUUUAUGAAAUGUGAAAUCUGUGAAUAUCAAAUUGUACAUUUUGUUACUAUAUUUGCUGAUGCUAAAAAUAACGAUGGCAUCUUUUUGAAGCUUUAACUUGCUAUCCGCGUCUGGAUCCGAUGACGCCGGGGGACAGAAAGCAAGGCAAAUGAGGCCAGAGAAUCCCAUUUGGAGAGAGAGGACACGCUCGUACGGACCUGAACGGGGCACUCACACUAUGUCAUUGCUCUUCACGAUGUUUAGCUUUAGGUCGAUGCGUUUUUUCUACCUUCCUUCGUCACGCGGAGGCUAGCAAGCUGACCUCCGGGUGUCUUUUGUACCGCACCUUCCAAUGGGACUUUUUCUACUGGGUGCUUACAUCUGCUUUUGCAUAAUCUGACGCGGUAAUGUCAGCAUCCUGGAUUGAGAAGACAGACCCUUUUUCUAUUCCUGUAAAACAUAGGACGACACAAGCAAAAAAGUUGGGAUACUGAGAAAAAUGUAAACAAAAACUGAAUGCAUGGGUUUACUAAAACUUCAGAUAUGUUUUUGCAGUUGUAAAUAAUACGAUGAGGUGUUGAGAAAUGAAGUAGGUUAGAAAGAGUCUCGGAUAAGCUGUAACAAGUUAAAUUAUAUUGUUUUAAUUGUAUACAAACUUUAAUAUUAAAUUCUUCUCAGUGAAUACCAAAUGACACCAGUUUUCAAUGUAUAAUGCUAUAUUUUUCAACUACAUUUUGAGGACUUUUACCAUUCAAAAAGCUAGGAAUCGCUAUGGCAACAGUCCUAAUUUUACAUCAUGUUGAAACCUCAGAAAAAAGUUGCAACAUGCUCCUAUAUUUUUAAUAAUAACGCUUAGGAUUUAUAUUGCACUUUUGUUGCGUCUUGUUGAAAUUCAUUCUCGGGUAGAUUGCAUUUAGAUUUAUUUACGUUUUCCACAGCGUCCCAACAUUUUUGAAAUUUUAUUCUAGUGUAUCUUAUAGGGAAAAGACCAGCUUUGUAGACCAAACUGGUAAACUUGCAUGAAUUUAUUAUAGUGAAUUAUAUAGGUCGCUAUGGAGGUGAUGUUCCAGGUGACCGCUUUAGUUCUUAUAUGAAACUCGACAAAUCAGAACAGCCCUUUCUUAUUGUAUGAAAAGCAAUGCAAAACAUGUUAAAGAAGCCUUGUUUGAAAUCCUGGAAAGUGUCUGGGAAUGCACCUUAAAUUGUGCCAUUUUAAUUCUUCGGCACAAAGCCUAUACGAUCACAUUGGGGACUUGUAAUUUCGGCACAGAACUAUUACCAAAACUCUGGUAUACUUUAAAGCUGCGCUGUGUAACUUUUCUGGUGGAGUGUCCGCCAUCAGCUUGUCUCCAUGGAGAUGUUAUUGUUUUGUUUUGAAUGUCCCAGUAUGGCAUUAAAUACAGUAUAUCCAUCUUGCAUUUAGGGUUAGGUGUGAGGAUCCCUCAGUCGUCCAGGUAGAAUCCAUGUUGGAGAAAAUUCAGUUUGUCGACUGGACAAAAGUUAGUUUGGUUGAAGAGUGAAAGAAGACAUUUUUGUUAAGAAAGAGAAUCCUUCUCUAAACAGAAAUGGAGGCCUCAGACACCAUCUAUCACCUAUUUACAAAUCCAUCCUCAAACCUAAAUCAGAACAAACAAGAGAACAACAGGUGUAGCCAGGUCAGGUCCAGAGGUGUGGAAGCUCCAUUAUGGCCAUGAAUUGUUCUGCUAAUUAGACCCACACCCUGUACAGGUCAAUAGGCCUAACUAACUAAUAGAAACUGUAAACAAGUAGGUGUGUUAGUUUCAGUUAGUUAGCUUCUCCCUGCAGAUAUAAGGAAGUGUCCACCAGCGUCUGACCAGAACUGAAGAAGCAGCUUGGAUGAGCUGCGAAACAUCUUCAACCAAACUAACUUUGUCCACUCGACAAACUGAAUUUUCUCCUACAUUUAGGGUUAGGGUUUUUGAUUGACUUAAAAACGUGUAUUCUGACAGUGAGUAUAAUGCCACACUGCGGAACAUUCCAGGCAGUAUCUCCAUAGAGAGAAGCAGGUGACGGACCCUCCACCAGAAAAGUUACACAGUGCAUCUUUAAAUAUAUUUCUAAGAAUACAUUCCACUCGGAUCAGCAGCACAUGAAUUCUCGAUGUCACUUUUACCGCUUGAUUUCUGAAUGCGUAUUUUUCCUGAAAGAUUGGAAGAGUUGAAUGUUGUUGGUAUCAGUUCUUUUCAAUAUAAUAUAAAUAUAAAUGGUAUAAUCAGUGUAAUGUUAUCAUAUGAAUUUGCCUCUCUUUGCAUUUGACUGGUAGCAAGCCGUUUCUUUGUACUGUAUUUUGACACUGCGAAACUCUUCUAGAUUCACUGCUGUUUGUACAAUGAAAUAUUAGUGAUUUUCAUUUAGUGUAAUCAUUAUUAUUUGAAUGGGAAAACAAUUACUAGUUUUGGGGUGAGGUCAAUUUUGUUUUUCUAAAAGCUUUGCCAGUAAGCAAUAAUAGAGUAAUUUAUCCUAUAAUUACCAAUAGUCCCAUUUGAUUUGCUCAUUUCAAAAGCGUGGAUGCCAUUAUAAAGCACGCAACAGUUCCUAUGUACCAUGAUAGGAAGUGUAAUAGCCAAUUAGAGAAGGAGUCAAGUGCUGAAAGUUGGGGUCAUGUAUUGCACUAAAAUUAAUUGCGAAUGGAGUGAGCCAGCUAAACACAAGAUAUAUUUAUACCGGUUUGGUUUGUUCAUCACACAAUGUUAAAAAAAAAGCCCGGGUUCUUAAUGUGCGGCGUUUGGUUUGGAAAAUGUGUUGUUUAUUUGUAAAUGUUUGCAAGAAAAAAAUCUACAAAAAAAAUAAAGGUCACAAUCACG